AUGGGCAACUCCGGACUACUGUCCUGCUGUGUGAACGACCACAAAGUGGAGACGAAGCUCCAAGCUUUGCCACCUCAGCGCAAGCUCCGUCCGCUGCUAUGUGAUCUUGAGGCUCAGUUUGCGCAGUACGCCGGCUCGGACAAGGAGCUGGACGAGCAAGAAUUGGCCGAAGUCUGGAUAAAGGCGGCAGAAGUGAAAGUAGGAAAAGUCUCCCCAGAAGAAGCUGCGUUCAUUAAGCAGAGCACAAAGGAAUAUUUCAAGACCAUGGACAUUGACAAGUCUGGCAAGGUCACGUACGAAGAGUUCGUCGCAGGCAUGCUUGGUGGACACGAAGAUGCAAGCCACCUCACGCAGCUGCGACAGGAACUCAACACCAAGAUGAAGAGCGAUCCUGGUCAAUUGCAGAGGUUGGUGAACCAAUUUCAUGAGUGGGACAAGAACGGUGAUGGGUAUAUCACAAGAGAUGAGCUCGAGGAGCAUGUGGUGCAGCUUCAGCAGAUGGCCUUGUCGGAUGGCAAGGUAGACAAGUCCGAGAAGAAACGUAUUGACGAGGCGCGCAAGAUGAUGGAAGAGGUUUUUGCUGAGGCAGAUGUAGACUUGGAUGGACGGGUGGACCUCUGGGAGGUGAUGGCAUAUGUGCUUGGGCGGAAGAAACAGCCUGUCGAGUUGCUGCUCUACGACAUCUCCAAGGGAAUGGCGGCCAAACUUGGGCCGCUACUCCUUGGGAAGAGUGCCGAGGCUGUGCACACUGGGGUCCUGGUUUACGGCAGCGAGUACUGGUACGGUGGCAAAGUCUUCCGGAGCAAUCCACCGUGCCGGAAACAGUUUGGUGAGCCGCUGAAGCAGCCUUGGGGCAUUGAACUGGAGCAGUCCGAGGCUGUGCCCGAGCUGCCGGUGAUCCGACUUGGAUACACUUUUGUCACUCACCAGGAGUUCCUCCAGUGGCUGAAAUCUGGAGUCCAGGAACGAUACACUGGACUGCACACGUACGACCUGCUGUCGCACAGUUGCAACCACUUCAGCAACGAGGUGUGCACGUUUCUGCUCGGGCAAGGGAUUCCGGAGAAGAUUUUUGAGCUUCAGAAGACAUUUCUGUCUGGCCCGAUUGUAGCAUUGCGGCCAUUCCUGAAUCGCUACCUUGGCGGUUUCGCACAUCACGACAAGGGUCUUGAUGAGAACCUCAUGUCCAAGGACCAAGAAGUCGAAGGUGGCCAGGUAGAGUCCAUCAAGGACGAGCUUCUGGGCGCCGGCGACGUGGUGCUGGUGGAGGGCAUCGACUCCAUCCACGGCGCUGUUUUGGCCACGAUUCUGAAGGAGGAAAACGGGAAGUGUGAGAUCAAAUAUUUCGAUCCCACGGAGAACCGAAUCGAAAUCAUGUCCAAUGUUCCUCUGUCCAAGUGCAAAAAGACCGCCUCUUGCGGCCCGUGCCAGGCAGCUCCGGCCUCGGCAUCCGCUGGAGACGCAGAUGCCUUCGCAGCAGUACUGCACCAGUCGUGGCAGCCUUUUCAGGUCCUGCCCGCGCAAUCGCAUGCAUCGCAGCUACAAAGCCCCACAGUGGCACCAAACGUGGCAACUAUUUCGCCGUCACCUCCAGUGCUGUGGCAAGUUCCGCAGGCCUUGCACGCCGUGCUUUUCUUAUGCCCCGACGGCUUCCCGGAUGCAUCUAACAUCGAGCGCUCUUCACUUCAGGUUUCCACUCAAUGCCCGGGCACCUCCAUGCCCAGCACUCCGCGUUUCAUGGCGCAAGAGGCUCAGGCCAUGGCAAAAGCAGCAGCAGUUGCGGUGGCCAAGGUCGGACACUAA